AUGAUGCACAGCAAGAUCGAGUACUUUGGCUCCAACUCUCCGCUCGGCGGUUCGUCAAGCGCUGGAGCUAGCCCAUCAGCUUCCGAAAUGCUCAAUCCAGCCUUGAGCUCGGUAGCUACCUCGCAGCGCAACUCCCCUUCCACAUCUGCCUGUACAUCGGUCAGCGACCUUUCCUCCGAGGCAGACAAGUUGUCGCUCGCCAAUGCAAAAGCAAGCCGCAAGGCAAACAAAGACGCAGCCAGUCAAGCCAACGAGGAGCCAGAAACAAGUACAGAGGACAGCGAGGCAGCAGCGAUACAGGCUCAGAACCGCCGGGUCGAGGAGGAGCUCGAUUCUGCUCUCGCUUUUGGCACGCAAAUUGUCCAACGAGAAGCUCGAGCGCUGGCAAUGGCUGCAAAGCGUCUCUCCAAGCAUUCUGUGCAGCAACACGGUUUCCGUCAAGCUGUUCGACUUGUCAUGCGAGCUACCACGGGUGAGCGAGGUGGCAAGGUGGUCCUCACUGGUGUUGGCAAGAGCGGCAUCAUUGCCAAGAAGCUCUCCGCAACCUUGCUUUCUCUCGGCACACCUUCCAUGUUCCUCCACCCCACCGAAGCGCUCCACGGCGACCUUGGAAUGCUGACACCUCAUCGUGAUGUUGUCAUCGCCCUCUCGCAUUCCGGGUCUUCGCCAGAAAUCCUUUCUCUGGUACCUCACCUCAACGCACGCAGGUGUCCGAUCAUCGCACUGGCCGGCAAGCGAGAAAGCGCACUCGUCAAGGCAUCGGACGCAUGGAUCGAUUGUGCUACAGGCAAGGAUGAUCCUCACUCGGACUUGGAAGACGAUCAGUGUGACAGCUGUGAUAAGCAGCGAACCGCUAGGAGAACAAACUUGCCAAACCCAAGCACCGACGAAGCAUGGGACGACGUUCCUGCUCCUUCCAGCAGUACAACAGUCGCUUUGGCGAUGGGAGACGCUCUUGCUUUCUCAGUGACACGAGCAAAGGGGCUUGCAAGGGAUAUGUUUGCCUUUAAUCACCCUGGCGGCAAGCUUGGCGCCGAUUUCCGUAUGCAAGGCCAGUCUGUGCCGUUGCAGACUUACAAUGCCAAAGGAGGUGAAAACGCCGUGGCUACCCCGAUCGCUGCAUGA